UGCAAACAAAACAUUAUUUAAAUUUUAUUAUUCAUUUUAUUUUUGUAAAUAAUGCCAGCAGGGACUCAGGGUGGUAAAAAGAAGCCCCUCAAGGCUCCUAAAAAGGUUGAGGUUCUAACUGAAGAAGAUCUCGAAUAUAAAAAGAAGAAUGCUGAAUUAAAAAGGCAAGAUGAAGAGGCCAGGAAAAUGCUUCUGGCAAAAAUGGCAGCAAAGAAGAAAUAAAUUUAAUUAUUUAACCUGAUUAGAACUAAAACAAAAUCGUCAAUCUAAUUUCUGGUCUAAGUAACAUUCUGUCUAUCGGGACGUUUAGUUAACUACACAUUGUCCAAAAUAUGUAACAUAAAUGAUAUAAUAUUGUUUACUUUGAA